GGGUGACGUCAUGCGGCUGCGCCCGCGCAUGCGCCGCGAGGGGCCCGGAGCGGGCGGUGGGCGCCGCCGCCGCCGCCAUGUUCCGGUACCAGUCCCUGGAGGACUGUCCGCUGGAUGAGGAUGAGGACGCUUUCCAAGGCCUGGGGGAGGAGGAUGAAGAUAUCGACCAGUUUAACGACGAUACGUUCGGAGCCGGGGCUGUGGAUGACGACUGGCAGGAGGCCCACGAGCGUUUGGCAGAGCUGGAGGAGAAGCCAGUGCCCAGCAGGGAGCAGGAUGGGCCAGGUGGGGAGGAGCAGGACCUGCUGGGAGAGCCCGAGGACACGCUGGCCGAGCGCCUGACCCGCCUGGUCAUCGACAGCGAGCUGGAGGACCCGGCCAUCAUGCAGGCCGUGCACACCAGGCUCCCCACACAGCAGCCUGGAGGGUUGAAUUCCAGCAUCUGGGACAGUUCGGCCGUGCUGCGGCGCAUGCGGGGGCCGCUCCUCACCCAGGAGAUGCCCUCAGUGUCUGUGCUGGACUAUGCUCUGCCUCAGAGACCUGCCCAGGCCCGGGAGGAGGAGCGGGACCCCUCGGAGCGGGCGCUGCCCCGGCGCUCCUCGUCCCCCGUCAUCGGGAGCCCCCCGGUGCGAGCUGUCCCCAUUGGCACCCCCCCCAAGCAGGCUGCCCUCCCCAACUUCAACCAGCAGAUCCUGUGCCCCAAGCCUGUGCACAUCCGAGCCGGGCUGCAGCAGCGCUACCCCGCUCCCUACGCAGAGAGGAUGUCCCCCAACCAGCUCUGCAACGUACAGAAUUCCUCCCUCUUGGGCCAUCCCUUCCCCCACAGCGUCUCUCCCGUCCUCACCCACCUGCAGAGAGCUCAGCUGCUGGGAGGAGCCCAGGCCGGCCGAAUGUCCCCCAGCCAGUUUGCCAGGGUCCCUGGCUUGGUUGGCACCCCUCUCCCCUCUGUCAACCCCAAGCUGCUCCAGGGCAGAGUGGGCCAGAUGAUGUCUCCAGCCAGUGGCUUUCGUGCCUUUUUCGGGGCUCCCCCCGCUCCCCCUCCCUCGCAGCCUCAGCACCCCCCUGGCCCCGGAUCCCACCUGCAGAGCCUCAGGCCUCAGCCCCAGAUGUUCCGCCCUGACACCACCCACCUGCACCCCCAGCACCGCCGGCUCCUGCACCAGCGCCAGCAGCAGAGCAGAAACCAGCACCGGAGCCUCAAUGGCUCUGUGGGGGACAGGGGGGCCCAGCGGAGCAGCCACCAGGAGCAGAUCAGGAAAGACCCUUAUGCCAACCUCAUGCUGCAGAGGGAGAAGGACUGGGUCUCCAAGAUCCAGAUGAUGCAGCUGCAGAGCACUGAUCCCUACCUGGAUGAUUAUUACUACCAGAACUACUUCCAGAAGCUGGAGAAGCUGGCAGCAGCUGAGGAAGUGCACGGCGAUGGCCCCAAGAAGGAACGCACCAAACUCAUCACGCCUCAGGUGGCCAAGCUGGAGCACACCUACAAGCCAGUGCAGUUCGAGGGCUCCCUGGGGAAGCUGACGGUGUCCAGCGUGAACAACCCCCGGAAGAUGAUCGACGCUGUGGUGACGUCCCGCAGCGAGGACGACGAGACGAAGGAGAAGCAGGUUCGGGACAAGAGGCGUCAAACCCUGGUCACCAUUGAGAAGACCUACAGCCUCCUCCUGGACGUGGAGGACUACGAGAGACGCUACCUCCUGAGCCUGGAGGGCGAGCGGCCGGCGCUGAUGGGCGAGAGGAAGCAGAAGAUCUGUGACAUGUACGACAAUCUGCGGGGGAAGGCGCCUGGGCAGGACAGGCCCAGUGACGACCACUUCAUGCAGAUCAUGUGCAUCCGGAAAGGGAAGCGCCUCGUGGCCAGGAUCCUGCCCUUCCUGGCACCUGAGCAGGCAGCUGAUGUCCUCAUGGCCACAGCCAGGAACCUGCCCUUCCUCAUCAAGAAGGAUGCUCAGGAUGAGGUGCUGCCCUGCCUGCUGAGGCCCUUCUCACACGUUCUUUACCACCUUCCCCUGGGGACAGUCACCAGCCUCAUGCAGCAGCUCACGAACCUACCUCAGAGCGCGGCCGCGCCGGCGCCCACCAACCUGCACCUCGCUGCUGUGCUCCAAAACAAGUUCGGCCUGUCCCUGCUGUACUUGGUGUUGAGCCGCGGGGAGGAGCUGCAGAGCUCAGACACCAACACGGAGCUGACGCAGGACAACCAGUGGACAGAGCUGAUGCUGCUGGCCACACGGGAGCUGCUGCGCAUCCCCCCGGCCGCCCUGGCCAAGCCUCUGGCCACUCCCUCCAACCUCAGCUCCCUCUUCUCUCGCUACGUCGACCAGCAGAAGCUCAACUUGCUGGAAACCAAAUUGCACUUGGUGCAGGGGAUCCGAUAGGAAGGCUGUGGCCCGGAACAUGAUGGAUGGAUGGAUGGAUGGAGGGGGCUGUGCAUCCCUCCCCCUCCCCACCAGCCCUGGCAGGAUGUGUCCCUCCCACACCACCCUCCUGCCUCAUCGUGGGGAGGGGGGCUUGGGGCUGGUUGGGCUGUCCCCCCACCCCCUGCAGCAUCCCCCCCACAACAGCUGCUGCUUCCCCCCCAUCCCACAUGCACACUUCUGAGGAAGGCUGCUUGGGGAGUGUGGGGGGAGGGCUGGCAGAAACCCCCCCCCUCUCUUCCCACACCUUCCCCAGACCCCCUCCUCCAGCACUGAGCUCAUUUCCCCCCCUCCCCAUCUCAGCAACGCCCCCCCCCUCUUUUUGCACACUUGCCUUUGUCUUCCCUCCUUUUGCCCUCCUUUUGCAGCCUGGGCAUGGGGGAGGGGGCUGGAGGCUGGGGUUGGGGGGCAGCCCUGGUGCCCUGAUGUGUGUGGGGAGAGGGUUCUGCAGCCCUGAGGGCUGGGAGGGUGGGGGGGGAGGGAAGGAUUUUACUUCUUCUUUUUACUUUUAACAAGAAAACCAAGAGAUUUGCACAUGUAGGGACUUUACAGCCCUUCCCUGCCAUGAACCUCCCCCCAGAUCAUGUCCCUUCCCACGGAUCAAGUGCAGACAUCAUUUGUGGGGUACUUUGGGUUGGUUUUUUCGCCCCCCUCCCCCAUUUCCCAUCCUCUCCAGGGUUUGGUUCCAGUUCCUUCAGAAUUCAAAGUUUCUAAAUUUACAUUUUUAUAGGGUAUUGUAAAUAAAGAUGAAUUGUAUAA